GAGGAUCAGAGAAGGAUCGAAUAGAAAAAUAAGCAUAUAUGAGUUUUGGCCGUCCAUCUGCAUUGGAGAAAGGUUCCAGAAUUAUGAGGCUUAUGCACACCGCCGCCUGAAUAUGUAGGUAUUAAGCCACUCUUCCAGCGUGCUCUUGCAAAGACUCUAGCGGUCUUUUAGGGGGAUACACAGAGAUUAAUCGCAAAGAAUUGAUGUUAUGAUAACGUUGAGUUGCUCUCGAUCGAUCUACAGUAUUAAAAGUAUAUUUGAUUACAAAGCAAGUUGGCCCAUCAGGGGAGCUGAUCCCUUUUUGCUCUACAGCAUUACAAUCCCUUUUAGUUAUUUUUCUGGAUUUCAUUGCUCAUGUUGGGGAAUCAACACCACUAUGACUGAGGCGCUUGUGUACUAUUUUGAGUUACUUGUUUUGAUCUCAAACGAGCUGCUUUUCACACGAACAGCUCCACGAGUAGUUGCCAUUUCCCACCUUUGUCUUACCCCUAAAAAGACUCAUGAGUGCACCUCUAAAAUAAAACAAACAAUGGUAGCGAUUGUGAUUGACUCGUUCAUUACCCAUAUGCGGCUUGAAAAGUAUUAUUUUCAAUCUUUAAUACUUCCCUAUCUUAUUAUGAAAUAAAAUAUUUCUUGUUUUGAUUCAUUGCUUGUAAAAAUUGUAUCCCUCUAGACCUUUUCCUUCGUGAUUAUUGAAGGGUUUAAUUCGAUAUACCCUUGAAUGAGAUUUCCCUCCCCCCUCAACGAAUUCAUAGUUGAAUUCAAAUACGCUAAUUUGCUAUCAGGCGUAUUUUUAUUGCAGAUAUAUUGGCGCUUAUUUCUACUUAAGCUUGCAUCUUUUCGGUUCAAAUUUGAAAAUUCUGAGCCUUUUUUGCUGUAUUGCUCAUCUUAGGUAUUCAAAGACAGUAUUGAUCAUCUGGUUAUGCAUUUUUUCAAAA